CGGAGAGUAAGAUAACCGCUUUAUAGCUGUUUAUAGCUUCUUAUUCUUUCAUUCUGUAUGUGCAUUUAAUGCAUCAUGCGAGGAAUAAAUAAUUGGAUAAAAAGUACGUAUCGAUCAAUGAUGCAGAAUUUAUGCGCAAAGACUUUUAAAUAAGCGAAUUAAAUCAUUCUUCAACGGCUAUAUACACUGGUGUGCAGUAGUAUAUUGCGCUACAAUAGUAAUGCGCUAUAAGUCAGAUUUUAUGUUUUGUACAUUGAGGAAAUAUUAAUUUAUAUUGUGCCACAAUAAAUAAAUAAUAUUUUGUAUUAAAAUGUUUCCUAAUAUCCAGAAGAAGGACUAUAGAGUCCUGGAUUUAAUACGUCAAAGAGAAAUACAAGACUCAGUAACACACAUAAUUUUACAAAAACUACAUGUUACUGAAAAUUUGAUAUCACGUCUGGGUUUAGAAAAAGAAUUAAAUGGUCAUUCGGGAUGUGUCAAUUGUUUAGAAUGGAAUGAAACUGGGCAAGUGCUUGCAUCAGCAUCAGAUGACAAAGAUAUUAUAUUGUGGGAUCCUUUUCGUUAUGAAAAAAAAUUGGUACUUCAUUCAGGCCAUCGCGGAAAUAUUUUCUCUGUAAAAUUUAUGCCAAAAUCAAAUGACAGUGUACUGGUGUCAGGUGCAGCCGAUUGUAGAAUUCGAGUUCAUGAUCUUACACUCUCCGAACCAAUAUUUACGUGUAAAUGUCACAAACAACGUAUAAAGCGCAUCGCUACCGUUCCCAGUAUACCAUUUUUAUUUUGGAGCGCUGGAGAAGAUGGUCUCUUUUUGCAAUAUGACAUUCGUACACCGCAUGUUUGCAAAAGUAAUGAUCACAGUGUACUUGUGAAUCUGGUUUAUCAUACGGGUUGUUAUGCAGAGGGCAAGUGCAUUGCUGUAAACCCGAGGAAACCUGAACUAAUAGCCAUCGGUGCUAAUGACGCUUACAUCCGAAUGUAUGAUCGACGAAUGAUAAAACUCUCGCAGGUUCCUCCAUCUCCUUCUAUACAUGAUAAUUCAAAUGGGGGAAAUAUUAGCACGUAUCGAGCAGGUAAAGGUGAUCCAGAUGACAAUAUUCCACUGGGUAGUGCACAAUAUUUCAUUGCAGGUCAUCUCCGCUCUCGUGAUGGUACCAGGAGCAUUACAACCACCUAUUUGACAUUCAGCGACGAUGGAAAUGAGUUACUCGUGAAUAUGGGAGGAGAACAAAUUUAUUUAUUUGACAUCAACGAUUCGAACAGUUCGAAAAAAAUUUUCGGUUCAUCCUGGAGAUCUCCAGGAUCAAUUGAGCAAGAUCAAAGACUUGAUGAAUAUUAUAUGAAACAGAAUGAUGUAGACGAAACAGGAGAUUUUGUAGAUAAAAAUGUAAAGAUAUUGCCACCACAUGUUGAAGAAAUAAAGCGCCUUGCAAAUGAAGGCUUUGAGCAGCAGAAAUAUUCAUUAGCAAUUAAUUUGUAUAAUAAAGCAAUUUCAAACUGUCCAACUGCAGCAGUAUUGUUUGCUAAUCGAGCAGCUGCUUAUAUGAAACGCGCUUGGGAUGGUGAUAUUUAUGCUGCUUUACGAGAUUGUAAGACAACAUUACUUCUUGAUCCAGAACAUGUAAAAGCUCAUUUUAGAUUGGCACGUUGCCUAUUUGAUUUAAAUCGAUCAAUUGAAGCAGACAAGGUGCUCAAGAGUUUUAAACAAAAAUUUCCAGAAUAUGCAUCUAAUUCAGCAUGUAGAGCGUUAAAGAUGGACAUAAAGGAAGCUAUCGAUGCCGGUAACACUAUUAUAUUUUGUAUUAAAAUGUUUCCUAAUAUCCAGAAGAAGGACUAUAGAGUCCUGGAUUUAAUACGUCAAAGAGAAAUACAAGACUCAGUAACACACAUAAUUUUACAAAAACUACAUGUUACUGAAAAUUUGAUAUCACGUCUGGGUUUAGAAAAAGAAUUAAAUGGUCAUUCGGGAUGUGUCAAUUGUUUAGAAUGGAAUGAAACUGGGCAAGUGCUUGCAUCAGCAUCAGAUGACAAAGAUAUUAUAUUGUGGGAUCCUUUUCGUUAUGAAAAAAAAUUGGUACUUCAUUCAGGCCAUCGCGGAAAUAUUUUCUCUGUAAAAUUUAUGCCAAAAUCAAAUGACAGUGUACUGGUGUCAGGUGCAGCCGAUUGUAGAAUUCGAGUUCAUGAUCUUACACUCUCCGAACCAAUAUUUACGUGUAAAUGUCACAAACAACGUAUUAAGCGCAUCGCUACCGUUCCCAGUAUACCAUUUUUAUUUUGGAGCGCUGGAGAAGAUGGUCUCUUUUUGCAAUAUGACAUUCGUACACCGCAUGUUUGCAAAAGUAAUGAUCACAGUGUACUUGUGAAUCUGGUUUAUCAUACGGGUUGUUAUGCAGAGGGCAAGUGCAUUGCUGUAAACCCGAGGAAACCUGAACUAAUAGCCAUCGGUGCUAAUGACGCUUACAUCCGAAUGUAUGAUCGACGAAUGAUAAAACUCUCGCAGGUUCCUCCAUCUCCUUCUAUACAUGAUAAUUCAAAUGGGGGAAAUAUUAGCACGUAUCGAGCAGGUAAAGGUGAUCCAGAUGACAAUAUUCCACUGGGUAGUGCACAAUAUUUCAUUGCAGGUCAUCUCCGCUCUCGUGAUGGUACCAGGAGCAUUACAACCACCUAUUUGACAUUCAGCGACGAUGGAAAUGAGUUACUCGUGAAUAUGGGAGGAGAACAAAUUUAUUUAUUUGACAUCAACGAUUCGAACAGUUCGAAAAAAAUUUUCGGUUCAUCCUGGAGAUCUCCAGGAUCAAUUGAGCAAGAUCAAAGACUUGAUGAAUAUUAUAUGAAACAGAAUGAUGUAGACGAAACAGGAGAUUUUGUAGAUAAAAAUGUAAAGAUAUUGCCACCACAUGUUGAAGAAAUAAAGCGCCUUGCAAAUGAAGGCUUUGAGCAGCAGAAAUAUUCAUUAGCAAUUAAUUUGUAUAAUAAAGCAAUUUCAAACUGUCCAACUGCAGCAGUAUUGUUUGCUAAUCGAGCAGCUGCUUAUAUGAAACGCGCUUGGGAUGGUGAUAUUUAUGCUGCUUUACGAGAUUGUAAGACAACAUUACUUCUUGAUCCAGAACAUGUAAAAGCUCAUUUUAGAUUGGCACGUUGCCUAUUUGAUUUAAAUCGAUCAAUUGAAGCAGACAAGGUGCUCAAGAGUUUUAAACAAAAAUUUCCAGAAUAUGCAUCUAAUUCAGCAUGUAGAGCGUUAAAGAUGGACAUAAAGGAAGCUAUCGAUGCCGGAAAAGAUAUCACCCAAACUAGGCAGACAUUCCUUCCACUAUCAGAAUAUGAACAAGAAUGGAGGCAUAAUACAAUCGACUACAAAAUGAGAUUCUGUGGACAUUGUAAUACUACAACUGACAUAAAAGAAGCCAACUUCUUCGGAAAUAAUGGUCAAUACAUAGUAGCUGGGUCAGAUGAUGGUUCCUUUUUUAUCUGGGAUCGUAAUACUACCAAUAUCGUACGUGUGCUGCGAGGAGACGAAAGAAUCGUUAAUUGUUUACAACCACAUCCAUCUAUGUGCUUGUUAGCUACUAGUGGCAUUGAUCCAGUGAUCAGAUUAUGGAGUCCAUGGCCAGAGGAUGGUAGUGUGAAUGAAAGAGAAAUUCAGAAUCUAGAUGAUGCUGCAUCAGCCAACCAAAUACGCAUGAACAGUGAUCCAUUUGAAUUAAUGCUCAUGAACAUGGGAUACAGAUUUCCCGUCCCUCAGCACGAAUUUAGUGAUGAAGACAGUGAAGAUCAGCAUGAUCAGCCGAUAACACAAGCUUUAAAUUGUAGACCAAGUUAAAUUUUGCAA